CUUCGUUUAAGUUUUUGAAAUAAAUAAAUUAACGAUGAAUCUAAAUAAAUUAGAGUUUUUGAAAAGAAUUUACACAAAAUUAACGAACCCGAUAGCUUCGCGGAUAUUAAGUAAGACCCGAAUCUUAAUUUUCUAUCGACGCUCUCUGGGACCUCUCUCGUUUUCGCUGUCUUUCGCUUCGGAUAAACCAGCUUCUCGUGUACUUAAGCGUAGUGGAGGAGAUGGAUUCAUCAGCAGUGCUAUUUAACCAGCUCAAGGCAGCAGAACCAUUUUUCCUAUUAGCGGGUCCCAAUGUGAUUGAAUCUGAGGAGCAUGUUUUUCGAAUGGCCAAGCACUUAAAGACUGUUGCAUCAAAACUUGGGUUGCCUCUGGUUUUCAAGUCAAGCUUCGAUAAAGCUAACAGAACAUCCUCAAAAUCAUUUCGAGGCCCUGGCUCGAUCGAAGGCUUGAAGAUACUUGAGAAGGUUAAAAUAGCAUAUGACAUUCCUGUAGUGACUGAUGUCCAUGAAACUAUCCAGUGUGAAUCAGUUGGUAGAGUUGCAGAUAUUAUUCAGAUUCCAGCAUUCUUAUGCCGUCAGACGGAUCUUCUAGUUGCAGCGGCGAAGACUGGCAAAAUUGUAAAUAUCAAGAAAGGCCAAUUCUGUGCUCCUUCUGUCAUGGUAAAUUCUGCCGAGAAGGUUAGAUCGGCUGGAAAUCCAAAUGUGAUGGUUUGUGAAAGAGGAACUAUGUUUGGUUAUAAUGAUUUGAUUGUUGAUCCUCGCAAUUUGGAAUGGAUUAGAGAUGCUAAUUGUCCUGUUGUAGCUGAUGUCACACAUGCAUUACAACAGCCUGCUGGGAAAAAGCUGGAUGGUGGAGGUGUUGCCAGUGGAGGUCUUCGUGAACUGAUACCAUGUAUUGCAAGGACAGCAGUUGCUGUUGGAGUGGAUGGAAUUUUCAUGGAGGUGCAUGAUGAUCCUUUGAAUGCACCAUGUGAUGGUCCAACUCAAUGGCCUCUUCGUCAUUUGGAGGAACUGCUGGAAGAGCUUGUGGCAAUCGCUAGGGUAAGCAAGGGGAAGCAGCACUUAAACAUUGAUCUCACACCGUUUCGUGAUUAGAACGCCUGACGGUUCUCUUAGUGUUUAAAGGAUGCAGACCAGAACCAAACUUGAAGACGAUAUGCAACAGAGAAAUGGAACUAAUUGUGUUGUCUCAUAAUGAAUAGGAAUAUGAGAGUCUGAGACUGGCCUCGAUUAGUUUAUGAAUGUUAAUUAUAUUAUGAAAAACCAUAUAUAUAAGGUUCGAGUUAAUUCUUAGUUGAUUUAUAUGAUGAAAAUUGGAUUUUUUUUGUGAA